AUGGCGAGCAGCGCGCGGCGCGGCGCCGCCUACACCAUCGACAGCAUCCUGGGACGCCGCCACUCGCCCGGUACGCCGAUGAAGAGCGAAGGGGUUCACUCCGACUCCGAACACGAAGUGGAGCCCGAGCACGAGCACGAGCCGAGCGCCGAGCCCGAGCGCGCUGAGCACGACGCACUGGACGCCAUGGACGCGGGCCGGCCGCGCAAGGUGCGCCGCAGCCGCACCACGUUCACCACGUACCAGCUGCACGAGCUGGAGCGCGCCUUCGACAAGACGCAGUACCCCGACGUGUUCACGCGCGAGGAGUUGGCCAUGCGGCUGGACCUCAGCGAGGCCCGAGUGCAGGUGUGGUUCCAGAACCGGCGCGCCAAGUGGCGCAAGCGGGAGAAGGCGCUGGGCCGCGAGCACGCGCCCUUCCUGCACCACGAGCACGGUGUGGGCGAGUGGCCGCCCGGCGUGGGCGUGGGCGUGGGCGCGGGCGAGUGGUGGCUGGGCCUGGGCGCGCCGCUGUGGCACGAGGCGCAGCCGGCGGCCGCCUUCCGCGCGUUGCUGCACAGGUACGUGCUGGCGCUGCCGCCGGGCGCGCCGUCGCCCGCCGCGCGCUCGCCGUCGCCGCCGCGCCGCUCGCCGCGCCGCUCGCCGCCGCGCGCCGCGCCGCCGCCGCCGCACGCCGAGUCGCUGCGCCUGCUGCACGACCGCUACAGUCGCGUGCACACGUAG